UUCUGUAAUAGACAUAUACUAUAAAAGAACUUUCUGAAUAUUAAUUCAAGCAUGUUUCAUCUACGCGUUCACAUGGGAUCGCAGUAUGCGACCACAGUUUAAUACGAUUUAGUAAUAAUAAAGCAAAGGAACCUGGCCCAAGUGUAACAAAGUACGGUACUGUUUUGUAUUUCAAGCUGGAUUGUGAUUGGCUCAAACUAAGCCUCAUUUCUCGAACCCAUCAUGCACAGCAGUUGGAAGAGGGGUUAGCAAUCGAAUAAAAGAAGUGAUUUCGCGCGUUGACGGAUUCUGAAAUAUCUUCAUUAAUCAAACAUUCACGUCUCGACCCUCGCAACAAUUGGGCAGGGAAAGCCGUAGCCACAAAUAGUUGUAAAAUCUUUGACAUGUCCGUGAUGGGAAAGCCGAUACUUUACUCUUAUUGGAGAAGUUCCUGUUCCUGGAGAGUUAGAAUUGCUCUCAACCUAAAGGAGAUACCGUACGAAAUAAAACCAGUAAGUCUUGUUAAGGGUGGUGGAGAGCAACACUGCAAUGAAUUUCGUGAGGUUAAUCCUAUGGAACAGGUGCCUGCACUUCAUAUUGACAAUCACACAUUGAUCGAGUCUUUGAACAUUCUUCAGUACCUGGAAGAAACAAGGCCACAUCGGCCACUGAUGCCAGCAGAUCCGGUUAAAAGAGCCAGAGUCAGAGAAAUCUGUGAUGUCAUUGCUACUGGCAUUCAACCACUUCAAAAUUUAGUGGUAUUAAUCUAUGUAGGUGAAGAACGUAAAAAGGAGUGGGCGCAGCAUUGGAUCACUCGUGGUUUUACAGCCGUGGAAAAACUGCUUUCUUCGAGUGCAGGUAAAUAUUGUGUCGGUGAUGAUAUAACACUGGCAGACUGCUGCCUGGUUCCACAAAUAUUUAGCGCCAGGAGGUUUCAUGUCGACUUGAGGCCGUUUCCUACUAUUCUGAGGGUUGAUCGUCAUUUGGAAAAUCAUCCAGCAUUCACUGCUGCUCAUCCCAAUAACCAGCCUGAUUGUCCUCCCGAAGCAACUAAGUAGCAAGCGAGGCAGACCACUCUCUUCCUCUUCUAAUAACUGAAGAUUGAAGGGUGGUGGUCCAAUUAACGGUAGCUUGACAGUGGUAAAAUAUUAACAAGAUUCAAUUUGUUUUUUGUUAUCUUUGUAAAUAAAUUCAUUCAUUCAAUCUGAAGAUUAGAAUGUAUUGGGUGGGUAUUUACCCCUGAGUGAGUAGCAAAUACCAUUUUUCUCAGAAAUCUCUUGGUUGUGAAUGGAAAAAAAAGAAAAUCGUUCAUUAAGUGACUAUGUUGUGAUCAGUGAAUAAAAGCGUUAACUACUACCGCACAAAUAUUCAUGUUUAAUGAGAAUAGCUGCAGAUUCGAUGGUCCUACAAAAUCUCUAUAUUGAACAUUCUUCAACAAUUCGAGCCGUCAACUGAUGAAUGUAAUUCUGUUACAUAAUUUGGCUACACAUAUACUGAGUGGUUAAAUGAUCUUGAGAAGUUUUUGUGAUAAUAUUUUAAGGUUUCUUUGAAAAGAAUGCAAUUAAGCUGUCCAUUAAAAUUAUGACUCCUCUGAUUAUCUGCAAAUGGCUCUAUAUUUUAUUCACUUGGUGCUGGUACCAAAUGUGUAACAAACCUCAGAUUAAAAGUACACAAAAUGUCCGGAUAUUCAUUUUUAUAGGUCUAUGAAAGCAAUUUUGGAUAUACAACACAAUAGCGAAAGAAAUGUCACUGUGGCCGUAGGUUUUGUCUUUUUUUUUGUGACUUUUUAUUUGACGUACAUAUGUAAGUGAUUCAGUGUGACGUUGUUUUGUCCUUUUUUUCAUUUACAACUCAAGGUACUUUAAUGUAAGGUCGUAUCCACCCAGCUAAAGGUUUGGUACUCACCAAUAGAAUUCGAGUUUUAUAAGAUUCAAAAGCUUAAUUUGGGUAACUAAUUUCGGAUUCUAAUGCAAUUGUUUUCUAUUUCGUACUACAGUAACAUACCAGUUCGCGAUAAGACUGUAUUUUUAAAGAGUCUAUGCCAAACAAAUGUCUUCUUUGGCGACUUGAAAGUUGUUUACAAUCGUUAGAUAUACUAAUUACAGAUUCUGUCCUGUGUUUUCCAAAGGUUUAGAAAAAUAAAGAACCCUACGAAAAGUGUAAUCAAUAAGUAAUGCUCUUAAUUGAAAGACAUAUUGUUUUGACUGACAAAGAUGCAUUUUAAAAAGGAUAAAUUUGGAAGAACUACAGAAGGAAUAGUCAAUUGAAUACUUUUUCAAUCGAUUGAACUCUUUCUAUCAUAUUGUGAUCUUGUUAAGCACCUACAGAGGGUCUUAGAUUAUGUUGUAUACUGUUUUUAUUCUAUAUUUCAAAAUGUGUAUGUUGAAAACGUGAGAUCUUGCUACCAUUAUAAUAACAAACUUGAACGACUAUUCACGUCACUGAUUGGUAGAUAAAAUGGUCGACACGGUUUUUUCAAUAGUGGACCAUUUCAAAGUGAAUCAUUGAAAACUUAUUAUUCCAUUGGUAAAACUAGAGUUUAUUAUAUAAGUAUGUCAUUUUUUAUUUGCUCAGACAUCAGGCUGAUACUACUUUCAUUAUUUUAUUGGUCAAAUUUAACGACAGUUACUCAAUAAUGAAGUUUUUUAGUCGAGAAAGCAAAUUUUCGAAAAAACACCGCAUACAAAUCGACCUGCGUUAUAAGUCGAGUACGAUUUUGCAAAGGAAAUUGGUUAGCAAAAACUUUGAUUUAUGUUUAGACCAAUUCACAGUUCAAAAUCAGAUUCACAUCUAGCACCUAUUGCUUCACGUUUCUCGGUCUGAAAUUUGUAAUAGUUUCAUCUGGAUUCCAUUUUGAAAAGUCUACACUGGCACAAACUAUUUGAAGGUCAAGUAGUAAUUUCGAACGAUAAGUGUCAAAUAUGAACCUAGCUCAAUUGUAAUUAUGGUUACAUUC